AUGAAGUUUGCAGUUAUUUUUUUAAAAUUGUUAGUAAUAAUUGUUAUAACAAUUCAAGAAAUCUCCCUUUCUAGCUGUAUUAUGUUAAAUAAAAUAUUUCUAUGGAUAUUAGACAGUACAUUUAUUAUUACAAUAUCCUAUUUUUUAUUUAGAUCAGUAAACAAUAUACAAAUAUAUACUAUAUUUGUAUAUAGUAUAGUAACAAAAAUAACAAUAAUAUUUUUUGUAUCAUUUCCAAAAUAUAUAAUGAAUAAAAAUCUUGAAAAUAUAUUAACAAUAUCUUAUUAUGAUAUAUUUUCUUAUAAAAUAUUUUUAGUAUCAACAUGUAUACUACUAUUGAUAUUAGUAUAUAUAUUUCUAUUUUAUAUUAUAAAUUUUUCUUUUUUAAAUAUACAUAAUAUUAAUAAUGAAAAUGCCAUAUUUUUUGUAAUAAUUGUUCAAGUUACUAUAGAUAUAAUAGAUAUAUCUCACUUUUUUUGUUCUAGUUAUUUUAAUUUUGUUUUAUAUUAUUUUAGAUUAAAAGGAGAGUAUUACAUAUUUACUCGUCUUAGUUUAUUUUUACACACUUCACUAAAUAUAAAAAACAUAAUUCAAUUUUAUAGUAAUACUCUUAAUGUAUAUGAAAUUAUGUUUAUUGUAUAUGGUGUAUUUAUAUCUUUGAACAUAUUUUUACAUGCAUAUUCAUUGCCUAGUUAUUCCUAUGAAACAGUUAUACAGAAGAAGGGUGGUGCUAUAUCAAAUACCAUAAGAAGACAUCACAAUUAUUGUAUAAACAAUCCUGAAGUUUAUUUUAUUCAUUUUUCUCCUCUUAACAACAAUCCACUUUACAACUUAAAUGAAUAUCUGAAUCAAAAAAAUUUUCAUUCUAACUCACUAGAAGGCAAAGAGAUAGAAAAUUUUCAAAAAAAUGAUAUUUUUUUUUCUUUCCAAAAUAAUGAUAAUACAAAAAUUCAACAAAAUAAUAAAUUUCAUCUCAAUGUAGGAGGGGAUGCAACAUCUUGUCUUAAAUACAUCACCAUUUUCCGGCUUCUCUUUACUGACAUACCUUUUCUUGUGGCUCGCUUGUUUAAUUUUUUUCUUUUCUUGGAUGCACAUGCGGCCCAAUCCCUCUUUGUUGUAAAAAACAUUUGCUUUAUAAUUAUAAACACGUCCAGAAUAUACCGAAAAUCCAAGUACUACAGUAGAAAUGGUAAUGUAGAUAAUGAAAUGGAUAUAGGGAAAAUAAAUGAAAAUAUAUAUUCAGAAGAAAGUGAAAAGAAUAUAUACAAACGUAUAGGAAAGGAAAGCAAAGAUAAUAAUGAAGAAAUGAAAAUAGAACAAAUAAAACAUAAUUUUGAAAGAAAAAAAACUACAAGCUUAUUAAAAGGUUCUAUAGUUAGUAAAUGGAUUAACAAUAGUAUAUCUAGUAAAAAAAAAAUAAUUAAAAAAGAAAGUUUUAAUGAAAAGGUUAAUAUUUAUAAAAUAAAUGAAGCAUCUUAUAAUAGACCUACUAAUACUAUUUAUGACAAAAUUCAAAAAUAUUAUUACUUUUUAUAUAUAAAAUAUAAUGGAAUAAAUUUAAAAAAAAAUAUAUCAUGCUAUGUUGAUGAUAUUAAAACAAAUUCUAUAAAAAAUAUAUUUUUAUUUAUUUUUUUCAUUUGUCUUAUAGCCGUAAAAAUAACAAUUAUAGCUAUAAUAUAUUCAUUUAAUUUUGAUGAUCAAUUGAAACAAAAUUUAUAUCAAAUUACACAUUUUCAUAAUAUUCAAAACAUCGAGCUAUCUCUAAUGCUUCAAAUUAUUUUUAUUAUUAUUUCUGUAUAUACUAUAUCUGUUUUUUUAAUUAAUUUUUUUACAUAUUCUUUAUUUGAAGCUAUUUUUAUGUUUAUAUUAUAUAUUUCAAAUCUUUUAUCAUAUUCAUUUGUUUUAUUUAUUUUAUCUUUUUCUCCGCCAUCCUAUGAUGUAUUUGUCUAUUUUACUCCCCAAAAGGAUAUACUUUUAAUUCUUUGUGUUUUCAUUUACGAGAUUCAUUUAUUUCUUUCUGACUCAUACAUGUUCAUAUAUAUGUUGAUUGGUGGAGAAUAUAUCACUUAUAAAUAUAGAAUAGAGAGUAAACAACAAAAUAAUGUAAACAAUAAUUAUAAGAAAAAUGAAGAAGUAUCAGUAUCUAUUUCUGUUAUAUCAUUCAUGGUUGUUAAAAUAAUAAAAUAUAUGAAAGCACCAAUAUUAUUAAACAGAAUUAUAAUUGGAAAUAAUUUCAUUAAAAAUACUAGACUAGAUAAUUUUUUAUACUUUUCUCAUAUUAAAGAAAUAAUUAUAAAACUUAUUAUUUAUUUUUUUUGUUUUUUUAUAUUUGAAAAAAAUUAUUAUAUAAAUUUUUUUUUUUUGGUGGCGCUAUUCUCAAUUAAUAUAUUUAUAUCCUUACUAUAUUUAAUCUUAUCAAAAAUAUACAGAAAUGCUGCUAUGAAAUCUAUAAUUGCACAAUCUAUAUUUUCAGAUAUAAAUCGAGAUCAAAUCAAAGAUUCAAAUACGACUCCCAAAUUAAAUCGCCUAUAUAAUAAGUAUUCCUAUGAUCAUUUAAUUUUGUUUAACAACUCUUUAAACUAUUUUUAG